AUGAUCCUGGAUGAUGAAGGUGUUUUGGGCAGCAUUGAGAAUUCUUUUCAGAAGUUCCAUGCUUUCUUGGAUCUCCUUAAAGAUGCUGGGCUUGGGCAGCUGGCCACAAUGACUGGUAUAGAUCAGUCAGAUUUUCCUUUACUAUGUCGUCCCCAGAUGAAUUCUACUGUUAGUAGUCCACCUAAAGAAGAAAAGAAGGCACUUGAAGAAGGAAAGUCAGAAUCAAAACAGGGUGCCCCAGGACAAAUGCAAAAUAUCCAAUUUCAGAAAAGUACAGGUGAUGCUAGGAUUCCUUUGCCUCUCGACUCCUUCCGUGUCCCAGUGUCUACUCAGGUGGCAUUAGAAACUUCUAAAGACAACCUGGGGGUCCCAGUCACAGAGCAGCGGCAGGAGUCUUUUGAAGAUUUCAUUGCUAGAACAUGUUCUCCUUCAGCAGACGUCAUUUCUGGAACUGGAAGUCAAAGAAAAGAAGAGGAAUUAUCUAGAAAUAGCAAGUCUUCUUCAGAGAAAAUGAGCAAAGCAGGUGAAUAUACCAAAAAUUACUCUGCUAAGAAACAACCUGGGAAGGACUUGCAUUCCUGCUCUGACUCACCUGUAAAGCAGAAAAGCAAAGGAAUUGGGCAAAAUAAUUCUUUGGUUAAUAAACCAAUUAAAAUUAGGUCCCCAGUGACCUUAGAGCAGUUCAGUGAAGUGGUGGACAAAAAGCCAGAUGGCAAUAAAUUGAGGGUGUAG